AUGUCACUGGUGCCGAUGUUCUUUCGCGACUGGUGGGACGACAGCUGGUGGCCCAGCCCUUUCGGACGCACUUCCCGCAUUUUCGACCAGCAUUUCGGCAGCGGAAUCUUCAAUGAGGACCUGUUCCGGGCGAUGAGCUGCUGUCACCCACAGGACCUGCGACGGUUAGGAUUUGCUCGUCCUUGGGCCAAUUUCAAUAACUACAGUCAUUUCAACAGUGGAAUUACGGCGACCGAUAGUGAAAAACUGCAGAUUAAUCUAGAUGUGCAGCAGUUCAGUCCCAAUGAGAUCACCGUCAAAACCGUCGACAACAAUAUUAUUGUGGAGGGAAAGCAUGAGGAAAAACAGGACGAACAUGGUUUCGUUUCAAGGCAAUUUGUGCGGCGCUAUUUGUUGCCAAGCGGUCACGAUUCAAAGGAUGUUACAUCGUGCCUCUCUUCAGAUGGCAUUUUAAUCAUAACGGCUCCAAAGAAGGCUCUACCACCACCUACCGGACAAGCCGCGAAUGAAAGAACUAUUCCGAUAACACAGACGGGAGAAAAUGAGAAGUGA